UCUCACCACUGCUCACUGCUCUGCUCGCUGCUCUGCUCACUACUGUUCGCUGCUCACUCCUAGAGAUACAAGCUAAAGAUGUUCAAAAACCUCUUCUCGUCCGAAACCACCACAAACUUCCACCCCGUCACCUCCGCCUACCCCCCUCACUCCCUCUUCGGGCCUCUGGAGGCCAAAGACACCGAGUGGACCGCCGGAGGAGGGUUUGCGACCGAGACGCAGAUAUGGUAUGAGGUGCUUGAGAAUGGGGUGUUUAUGUUUUGUCAGAUUAUCCAUUCGUCUAUUGGACUCUGGAGCCCCCAAGUGCAGUUCACAUGCAAGUUCUACGACCCCCAGACAAACGAGCAAAUCUGGAAAUCCGCCAACGUCUCCCACUUCCUCACUCCUCCCCCUCCCUCCCAAGGGAGGACGUACGACCGCCGUUCUUCCCAAGCAGACAAGUUCAGGGUCAUCCAUUCCCCCGCAACAGCGACGGAACUAGAGUCGUACAAAGUCGAUGCCCAGCCCGACGAAGGGUUUCACGUUUCGCUCCUAGUGGAAAGGCCCAGGGAGAUAGAGGGGUUCAAGUUUGGUGCUGGGGCACGAGGGGGGUUCAGCUAUUUUGGGGAAAUGGACAAGCCUGACGGAUGUGUUGUGCACCGGUUUUGGCCCCGGACGAAAACGUCUGGCGUCGUGCUCGUUAAUGGCAAGGCGGUGUCUGCCUCUGGGCAGGGGAUGUUCGUGCAUGCUAUCCAGGGGAUGCGACCCAAUUUGGUGGCAGAAAGAUGGAACUUUGCGCAUUUCAUCAGUGGGAACGACGUUCUUGGAGGGGUGAGCGCGAUACAGAUGGAGUUCCGUACGCUGGAGAGUUAUGGACGGAAGGUCGAGGGGAGGGAGGGGGUGCAAGGGCAGGUGAAGGUCAAUGUUGGAUGUGUAGUCGCCGGGGGGAAGCUGGCGGCUGUUACUGGGGAGACGCAGUGGGUUGAUGAGCUUGAAGGGGAGAAGACGGGAGUCGUGAGCCGGGCUGAGCACAGAGAUGUUAUGGUGGAUAAGGAGACGGGGUACUCUGUCCCUUCGGCUAUCGACUGGAGCUGGAGUGCCCCCUCGCUCGGAGGGGAAGGAACGGUGAGCGCAAAGGUGCACAGUGACCUAGGCGGGUUUAGGGGGUUGUUGGAGAAAGUGGACGUGUUGGCUGAGAUCCCGUAUAUGGUAAGGAAGGUGAUCAAUUAUGCGACUGGGACGAAGCCGUAUAUCUACCAGUAUUUUAACCCUGCGAAGAUGGAGGUUAGAAUGCCUGGGAAGGAGGCUGUUGUGGUUGAGGGAACGUUAUUCAAUGAGGCUAGUUUUAUUUCUAACACCUCUGACCCUCAAGUAGAUUAGAGAUUAGAUGUUGCUUACGUUAAAUGAUUACGUGAUGUACGG